UCAUUGUUUACUAAGUAAAUAGUAUGAAUCUACGUGUUGAAAGUCAUAGGGGUUUUCUGAUAAGUAGCUUCAUUUCAGAGGCCUUGAUAUAAAAAUCACAGCUCCCACCAUUUUGUUCUUGCUGACACAGACUUCCUAGUGGUAGGCAAAAUGGCUUUUCAUUCUGUAUUUCUGGUUUUCUUAGCCGGCCUGGCACUUUGCUCCGAAGCCACACCAUUGGACCCUCUUGAUGCCAAGCAUCCUCUUUCUGUAAAAGUUGUGGAUUCUGUCCGAGGAAGUCCAGCCCCAAGUGUUGCAGUUAAAUUAUAUAAAGAAGCUGAUGGAUCUUGGGAACUGUUAAAUUCAAAGCAAACCAAUGAGAAAGGCAGCCUCCCAGAGCUUACAACUAAAGAACAAUUUGUAGCAGGGUUAUACAAGCUUGAGAUUGAUACAGCCUCUUACUGGAAGAGUCUGGGCUUGAAUCCCUUCUACCAACACGCUGAUGUGGUGUUCACAGCUAAUGAUGCUGGUAAUCGGCGUUACAAGAUUUCUGUUGUCCUCAGUCCCUUCUCUUACUCAACCACAGCAGUAGUUAGCGAGCCAGUGGAAUAAAAGCUGACAUUAAGCAUGACAAUUCAGUUGUGUAAAUUAAAAUUUCCAUAAAUGACAAGAACUUCAUAUCUGAAUGUAUCAACAGCUUUAGAUUUCAUGUAAAUCACUAAGUUUUUUAUUCACUUUGUUAACUUUAGGAAGAAAGUGUAUUGACUUUGUUUUCAAAUACUCUUCUGAAUAAAAGUAUUCUGUAUUUCUGUAUUGUCAGUAUUGCCCUUCUGAGUAAAAGUCUAGGAUUUGAAAAAACACAUUAACCUCUGGAAAAAAUGUAUUGUAAUUAAUUGGGGUCUCUGAGAAUAAACCAGUCUUCUAUGAA